UUUUAGCAACCACAUUUCCAACAAAUCCGUGGUGCUCAAAACAAUGCUCCGCGGUUAAGAAAUGUGGGGUGACACAGAGAAACCGGACCCAUUGCUAUUGGGAACCCACAUUGGAGACGGCCGUCACCACCCACAUCAUCCUCAUCACCAUGCUCAUCAUGCACAUUUUGGACUUGCUGGGAAACCAUUUUACCACGUGGAUCGGUUCACGGUGACGGCUACAUCAUCUUCAACCACAACUACAACAACAAAUUCAUUGUCUUCAAAUCAUCAUCUUCCACUUCAUCUUCAUCAUCAUCAUCAUCAUAAUGGUAUGACUACUGGUACAUCAUCAAUGGGACAAAUUGAUGGGACAGGAUCAACUGGAUCUAGAGCAAAAAAUCAACAACCAAUUGUAAUGUGGAAAGGAGAAACAAGCAGGAAAAAACGAUUCGAGCCAUUCUGUUCCCCAAUGGUUCCACAUGUACCAAUUCGAGAACGACUUGCACGAAGAGGAACAAGCGCGGAUAUGAGUGAUGACGCCAGUGCUUACACAUGUUAUGCUCCACGUCGUCGACGAAUGAGUCUUCUUCAAUCGUUGAGACAACAGAAUAGAGCACUUGCUGACAGUGGAUUUGAUAUGCAUCGACAGAGAACUGACAGUGAUAGCACAAACAGAGACACGUGCUCUCCAACUCAGAAGAUAUCUCCUCCAGUAACACCAACGAAAAAGACGACAAUGGCUUCACAAAUCAAAAACAAGAUAUUCGGGAAAAAGAAGGACGCCAGCGCCUCAGGCAAUGUGUAUAACAACGGAGAAUAUUCGCAAAGUUGUGAUUUGAUCAAUGGACGUUCUCGUAAAUCUCCAUCCACAACAAACGAUAGUGGACGUGGGAGCCAAGGUCAUUUGGAAGAGAAAAUGGAAGCUAUGGUAAUUGAAGAGCAUCUUGAAAAUGACUGUGGAUGCGAGGAGGAAGAAGAGAUUGAUGCUCCUAUUCUGAGCAGCAAACGAUCUGGUAUUAAUAGACAUCGUACCAGUUCUUGUCCGGAUAUCACUUCAUUGGGUCUCAAUCAUCCAACAACCUCUGCUGCAUCAUCUGGAGGAAAAAAGUGUCCAAUUGCAGUAGACACUGACACAGAAGAGGAUAACUUUGAACGAGUAAAAAGACCGUGCUCUCCUAUUUCAGCUGCUGAUUGUCUUGUCGAACGUCGUCUUAAUCGCAAGUUCAUCGAACAACGUCGUCAACAAGUUGCCAUGUGUCACAUCGAUGAAACUUGCGAUGUGGUCAGCAGAAUAUCAACAACUUCAAGAAGGACGGCACAAACGGAAGACUUGGCUGAUUUUGAUGACAAUGCUUCAUCGAUAAUAUUGGAUCACUUCUUAUCAACAACAGAACUCAACUUUGACGAUUCUGAUUCCGCGGAUUUUUCACUGAACGGGGCCUGUGAAGACGAAUUUGACGAACCUGCUCCAAGCUCAUCAAACACUGCAACAUCUGUACAAACAGAUUUGACAUUAUUGAACGUGGAACAAGAGAUUUCCGAAUAUUUGGAACAUUGCAGGGACGCCAGUGUCAAUAUUACAGAAGAAGGAAUGAAUUUCAUAGCAAAACAUUUCUUUGAGUAUCAAUCAUUCAUGAAUAUUCCACAUAAAGCAGUUCAUCUUCAUAAAGUGCCUGCGUCUCAAGCUGGGACUGAUCCAUCAAUGGGAUGGGCUCCAAAGAAUAUGCUAAAAGCUGGAAAACAUCAACCAGCUCCGGGAGCACGAGCGAAUAGAGUUCACAGAGAUCCUCGUCCAAAUGGUACAAAAUAUGGAAGAGCUGGUAAACAUGAACAUAGAGAAUGGGGUGAUAGGCACGGUGAACUAAGGGAUGAAAAGGUUGCAUGCCAUAAGGAUGCUUGGACCAAGUUUUUGGCAAAUGAUGAUCAGGGAGCAAGAACUGCAUUUGAAUGUGAUUUUGAGGAUCGAGUAUUAGCGACAGAAGAAGAAACACUACAGGAAAAAUUGUGCCGAACAUCACCAGAGGCCAUGAAUUUGAAUGCUCUUUAUGCAGCAGCAAAUAAGGCCGUUAGCUGUGGAGGAGAUGUUUGUGAACUUCUAACAAUUCUCACUUAUGCUCCAACAGUUCAAUUUGUGACAACAACUGUCAAAAAAGCAAAAGCUCUUCCGUAUAAUAAUGCUCCAUUUGCCAGAAUAAUGUUAUUCGAGGGAAGGAGACUAAUGGAACAAAAACAAACAACUGUCAAUCCAUCUUUAGUUCAUAAAUCUUCUGUUGAUGGUUCAAAACCUUCAUCAUCAUCAGCGUCAACAUCUUCAAAUGACAAUCCAUCGGAUGUUUCCUUCUCAGAAUCAUUUUUAUUUCAUGUACCCCCAACAAAGCUGGACAGGUCUCACAUUGUGAUAGAGCUCUACGAUCAUGACGAUGAAGGAGGUCUUCAAAAGAUAGGUCAUUGUGUAAUUGGUCGAUUAGUAGAUGGAACAGGGAAUGCCCAUUGGAUUCAGAUGGUUCGACAACACGGAUUGCCUGUUUGCAUGUGGCACAAAAUUGGUCACAAUUGAGUCUCUUUUUAAUCUAUUUUUAUUUCCUUAUUCUUUUCCAUAUGAUCCAUUGUAUCCGGUGCCAAUUCUAUUACCAACAUUCGCCAAUCAAUUUUCCGUUGUUUUUUCACUUAUUCUCCCUUUUGCCAAAUCUAUUUUUGUGCAUCUUUGUGCUUACUACGCUUUUCAAAUGGUCUGGAUUUAACGGGUUUCACACAUUUUUACAAAGUAAAGGUUUUGAGAUACUGUUUUAUUGUAAAGGCAUAACAAGAACAACUGAAGAACUGAACGUUAAAAAUCUAGAGCCAGAAGGUUUUUUUUUCAAGCUGUUUUCAGAAGCACAGGACCUCAGUUGCUCUAAUAUGCUGAAAUACGACAAUACUAAAACGGAAAAAAAAUUCGCUGAUGACUGAAAAUUUAGCUCAUUGACUCCAAAAUCAUUGUCUAUUGUUUUUCUUUGUAUAAACUAAGAGGCAAAGAAGUGAGACUCCAGGUGUACAUCACGUUCAAACGGAUCAAAUAGCUUCAUAAACUCGCUAAAUUGCGUAUUUUCAAACUGGCGUAUCUUGAAAAAAACACUUCUAGAAAACAAAUUUUCAACUGACAAUAUGUAUUAUCAGAAAUAUUUUUACUUUCUUUUUCAUCACUUUUCAUUGCAAAAUAUCAAUUAUUUGUUAUUUGUAUUUAAAUAAAAAUGAAUUCAGA